AUGAGAUCCGACGUUCAGUUGUCAGUCCUCAUCAUACUCUCGAUCAGAGCAAAAAUGAAGGUAUCAGACACAUUGGAACAGGUAUCCGCUGUGUUUGCCCUUUUGGUGGCUGUGGCGUCGGCGAUUCCUCAGGAAGGCUACAACUACCAGGCACCAGGAGGUCAGGGAUCCCAGUUCCCAACCGGGGCGGGACAGGCUCAGUACCCCUCCGUGCCCGCCCAGUACUCCUUCCAGUGGGACGUGAAUCAUGCGCCUUCAGGGAACUUCUACGGCCACAAAGAGCAGAGGGAAGAUGCCAACACUCAGGGGAGUUACUACGUCCAGCUGCCGGAUGGUCGCCGUCUUCUGGUCGAGUAUUACGUGGACGCCACCGGUUACCAUCCCACCGUCACCUUCGAGGGAGAGGCGCAGUAUCCUUCAGGAGGGAAUCGGGGAUACGGCCAGUCCGGUCAGGGAUCGAGCCAAGGGUCUCCCUCGCAGUUAUAUGGCGCUCCAUCCAAAUAA